AUGCACAAUGUUCUCCAGAGUGUCGGAGCCGCUCCAGGCGGAGCUCGUUCGGCCCAGCGCCCGAAACCGAGGCGGCGCUGGGAACGGCGGCUGGAGGCGCUCACUCGAGAGCUGGAGCGGGCGCUGGAGGCGCGCACGGCGCGGGACUACUUCGGCAUUUGCAUCAAGUGUGGGCUUGGCAUCUACGGAGCAAGGCAGGCAUGCCAAGCAAUGGGGAGCCUGUAUCACACUGACUGCUUCACCUGUGACUCCUGCGGGAGACGACUCCGUGGGAAGGCGUUCUACAAUGUGGGCGAGAAAGUAUACUGCCAGGAGGACUUCCUGUACUCCGGGUUCCAGCAAACCGCUGACAAGUGUAGCGUGUGUGGACACCUCAUCAUGGAGAUGAUCCUGCAGGCCCUUGGCAAGUCCUACCACCCGGGCUGCUUCCGGUGCUCUGUGUGCAACGAGUGCCUGGACGGGGUGCCCUUCACUGUGGAUGUGGAGAACAACAUCUACUGCGUCAGAGACUAUCACACUGUGUUUAUGGUGCAUGAACCCUGUCUCUUCCUCCAGGGCUGUGAGACAACCAUCCGUGUGGUGUCCAUGGACAGAGACUACCACGUGGAAUGCUAUCACUGUGAGGACUGCGGGCUGCAGCUGAGCGGGGAGGAUGGACGCCGCUGCUACCCCCUGGAGGGCCACCUGCUGUGUCGCCGCUGCCACCUGCGGCGCCUCCGGCCUGGCCCACUCCCCUCACCAGCCGUGCACGUCACCGAGCUCUGAGCAGGAGCCGAGCCUGGGGUGGGCCGGGUGGGCGUGGAUGUGGGAGGAGGGUCGGGGAGGUGGCCCGGGUCAGCGUCAGGGUGGGCUCGGCUGCCGCUUCCACCCCACCUCCAUCCCCCUCCUCGCACUUCCCACUGAGCUGCUGUCCUGUCCGCAGGGGCCGGACCCCCGCGUUGAAGCUAUUUCUAUUUAUUCACCGCCUGUGCCUCCUCAAGCUUCCCUCCGGCCGUGCUGCCCCGCCCCGCCCCCCCAUGCCGGCUUUCCGCUGGGGACCCCCUGCGCCCCGGCCGUGGGUAACCCAAGCGGAGAGGGCCUCCGGCCCCGCGGCGGGAGCUGCUUUCCCUUGUUCGCGAGGGGCCUGGGAGCCCCUCGAAGCACGGUCCCGGGGCAGGGUGUGGUCCAGAAGGUGGGGGUUGGCAGAGGGCACGCGCGUUUGUGUCAUGCACCUUGCCCGCUGGUGGGUGGGAAGGGUGCCUUGUUUGAGUGGGGUCACAGGGACGGGUAAGGAAUGACACCCUUGGGGGACGGGGCCUGCAAGGGCGCUGCCUCUGGCCCUUGCGGUCACUGUGGGAUUUGGCCAUGGGGACUCUGAUGAGUGUUUUGAGCCACAGUUCCUGCCCUGUUCCCCGCUACCACGGCUCCCAAUGCGGGGACUGCCCCUUCCCCACCGUUAGCGGGGUGGGUUGGGGGGAGCGUCUGCUCGAGCACAGUUCCAGCCGCGAGUCUCUGGCGGGAGGGACCAGGAGGGGCCGCCCUGGGACAGCACCCGUGUGCGCGCACUGUAUCAGGCUCCACGACGAAAGGAUACGAUUUGACUUAAAUUAAGUUUUUCCUUUGAGGAUGUUUUCAUUUUUCUUUAAAAGAAUAUAGUUUUCUUUUACGAACUUGGACCAAGGUUGUCAUUUCUUAAGAAAAUUCCAGCAAACUCACAAACGUUCAUUUUGUAUAUCACGUAGUUAGGUUUCAGGUGGUAAGAACAUUGUAGUUUAACUAUUUUUGUAUAAAUUUCUCUAAAAUCUCA